AAAAAAUGUCACUCUUCUAAAGUCAAUCUGCAAUGACAAAGCUAGCGGGUACUUCACAAGGAAGUAGUGGAAGUUGUAGUUCGAAAAUGUUUAAUUAGCAGCCUUUACAAUUUGUUAAUACGUCUGUGUAGUUAAUGUAACAUCUAAAGAAAGGUAAUGUGGAAAAAUAGCUAGUGGUUUUUCAGAUAUUUUUAAUCCAACGGCCGUUUCUCUCGCCGUUAACGCCGUUCUGAUAUCGCGAGGGAUUAGAUGUUUCACUGUGCGCUGGUGAUUGUGGUGCAUGUGCGUUCAUUCACGCUCAGUGAAUGCGGCUUCUGGUGCGGUUUGGUGUCCUUAGUUACAGCGGAUCGGUUCUCUCACUCUCUUUAAGGAGCAUUGGAUUUCUAGCACGUAAGAUCAUGAAUUCGGGCCAAAAAGUGAUGUGCAUGAGUGAUGGUGCUGGAAAUGUAGGCAGAUGCGUUAAGGAUGACGCGGAUUCGGACGGACCUGCUGGCGGAGACUCCCUGAUGGUGGCCGAAGAGAGACAUCCGAGAGCUGCCAGUCCCCGCGGCGCUAACGGAGAUGAUGACUCUGAAGCGGAGUCCCACCUGGACGGGCGUAACGUGGAAGUGGACCAGGAUACUAGAAGGAAGGCGUUCAGCUGGUGCCGAGACUUUCUGUCCGGGUCAUGGAAGUCUAUAUCAGAACCUGACUUUCAGAUCAAAAUAGUAAGUGGAGGACUCAGUAACCUGCUCUACAUGUGCAGUUUACCAGAUGAUGUUCAGCCUGCCGGGGUCGAACCUCGAAGGGUUCUGCUUCGGAUCUACGGGGCCAUUCUGCAGGGAGUGGAUUCUCUUGUUUUGGAAAGUGUGAUGUUUGCCAUUUUAGCAGAGAGAGAGUUGGGCCCACGUCUCUAUGGCAUUUUCCCAGAAGGGCGUCUAGAGCAGUACUUGCCUAGUAAUCGAUUGUGUACAGAGCAGUUGGGGAUCCCAGAGAUCUCGGCUGAAAUAGCCAGUAAGAUGGCACGAUUCCACGGCAUGGUGAUGCCAUUCAACAAGGAACCCAAAUGGCUGUUUGGAACCAUUGACAAGUACAUGGAGCAAGUUAAAACAAUAAAAUUUGUGCGUGAAGCUCACAUUAAGAAAUUUAACAAGCUGAUGAAGUAUGAUCUUCCUGCAGAACUAGAGAGUCUGAGGUCACUGCUGGCAGCUACUCCCUCUCCCGUUGUGUUCUGCCAUAAUGAUGUACAAGAAGGAAAUAUCCUCAUGUUGGAUGGGCGAGAGAAUUCAUCUGACAAAUUAAUGCUUAUUGAUUUUGAAUACAGCAGCUAUAACUACAGAGGCUUUGAUUUUGGGAAUCAUUUCUGUGAAUGGAUAUAUGACUACACAUAUGACCAGUGGCCCUUCUACAAGGCAAAGGUGGAGAAUUACCCUGACCGACAACAGCAGUUACAUUUUAUCAGACACUAUCUGUCUGAAAGAGGGGGAAUUGGACCUGCAGACCAAGCCAGGAUAGAAGAGGACAUGAUCACUGAGGCAAACCGGUUUGCCCUUGCGUCUCAUUUCCUCUGGGGUUUGUGGUCCAUUAUUCAAGCCAAGAUCUCCAAAAUCGAGUUUGGAUACAUGGACUAUGCACAGCACAGGUUUGACACAUACUUCAAACAGAAGAAGCUCUUUUCCUAAAUUCCACUCACAGAGCAUGCUUCAGGAUAUCAUUUUGCAUCACCUAUUGUUUUUUAAACCAUUCAAGAAAGGGCACAGUACAAAAAAACUGUUAAAGAACGGUUCAUCCUGGGGAACAUUAUUAUUAUUAUUAAAUCAUGAAAAAGUCCAAAGAUAUCAUGCCUUACAUUCAUUUUGUAGGGCUUUAUAGUUGUUUUUGUCCCUUGCAAAAAUUAGAAGUGACAAAUGAUCUGCAACUUGAAAAAAAAAAAAAAUGGUUUGAUUGAAACCUAGAUUUAAUUCAUUUAAUGUUGGUGCCGCUUCAUUAUACAAGGCAUAUAAUGUAGCUGUGUUUUUUUUUUUAAUAUUUAAUGUUUACAUUUUAUCUAACAUAUGUGGUCAACAUUAUCUAUUAAUUCUAUUAAGAAUCAAUCCAUCCAUCAUCAGUACAAUAUAAUCCACUGGGUCCAAAUGAUGUCUGCAUUUUUGUGUCCUAGUUUCAUAUACUAUUUGUUUGUCCUGUCAUCUUAAAAAACAGUGUAGUAGCUUGUUUAUUUUUCCUCCCCCAAAAUUUAAAAGAUUUACGAAAUCAUGUUGCAUCCUUAUAUUUACAUACUGUGAAAUACAUUGCACAUCUUUUUUUAAAAACUCAGAAGUCCAUAAUAAUUAAUUUUAGAAUGGCACAUAAACUGUUUCUUUGUCAUAAUUUUGAAUGGCUAUAUUUCAUAUAACAAUUUCAGCUAAAAAAAAAAAUAAUAAUAAUAAUUGGAAAUAAUUGUUUUGAGCUAUGCUUUUGUGUUUUACUUUUAAUUAUCUUUUUUAUUGUUAAAUCUCUGCUUUGCCAUAUUUAUAUGUAGCAAUAACUAUAUACCCAUCUUGUAUGCAUUUGUACAGUAUAUAGGUUUGAAUACAGUUUGAACUGCACAUUAAGGAAUUGCACUUAAAAAAACAAAAAUCAAAACAAGUGUGUAAGUACUAAACUGACAAAUGCCUUUGUCCCAUUUCUAAACACAAAGUUCUUGUAACUGCUGAUGUGUUUGUCUGUUUUAAUUGUUUUAUGAUUAUUUAUAUUUUUUACUUGUCCAAAGCAAGUAUACUUUGUUUAGGUCAACCAAAUGGUAAAGUUAUCUCUGUUUGCUUGAGUCUUCAGUUGAAAAGUGGCAGCAGAAGAACAAUAUAAAUGCGGGAUAGUAUCAUUAUACUGUGAAUUGGAGGGAUCAUCAUCUUAAGAAUCACUUUGGGAGUGUUUGAAUGGACAAACUGAUGCUCUUGCAUUUGUCCUUGUCCAUAAACGAAUGUAUAUGUUUCAUUUUCAUAAUGAUGAUUUUCUUUCCCAUAUGUAGUAGCAAGUUUAGGGGCAAAAGAAAUAUUGAGGGGACCAUGAGGGUAUUGGGCUAGGCCACAUUCACAUGCUCAUAUCAUUGUUGAUAUUGAAUCUUUGAUUCGUUAUAUUGAGUUAAGAAGCAAUAGCACUGUUAGAACCCAUGUCAAUUUCUAUAAUUGCUAAGGCUAAUCCAAGUUAUACUGUAGUCUUGUCUCUCUGUUUCUGUUUGUUCCUUUGCACUUCAGGUAUCCAUUAAUUUUGUUCAUUAAAAAAAAAAAUCAUACAGA